CAGGCGAGGGCGGGGGUCUGUACGCCGGCCUGGGAGGCUCCGGCGGGGCUUACCUUUGGACGGGGUCCUGGGACUCACCAGGGUUAGCCUCAGGCUCAGAAACCGCUGAGGAAUUAGGCAAACAAAAGAGGCCACUCAGUUGGUGGCCAGAAGUCGCCGGAGCGCCUCGUUGUGCCCCUCGUUCCCUGGGGUGGGGGCUCGCCACUUGGGUGGGGAGCGGGCGCCGGAGCUUGCUGGGGGCCCGCUGGGCCGCCGGGUCGGAGAGUUGGCGGCCUGUUGUGUAAGCCUCACUGCUUGUUUUCCCGGCCUGGCUCGUUGGGAAGCCGGACACAUCCACCCUUGGACUCGAUUCAGGAGGCUGCUGCUUUUCUCCUUGCCCCUCUUGGAUUUUCUGGAUUUUUGAAAACCCAGUGGCCCAGGAGGAAGGAGGAAGGAGCAGAACUGUGGAGGAAUGUGAGAGUCUCCCAAGGACUGAGGAGCCAGAAGGAGCUGGGAGCCAGAGCCGCUGGGGUUCUGGAACUGUAGUUAGCGAGUGAUUCUCUUUUGUUUUAGAACGUUGUUCCAGUGGAAAGAGGAAUUCUUGCCCUCUCAGAGCUGAUUUCUCCAAGUCACUUGAGUUUUCUUCUGGGAGUGGGAGGAGGGAGAGACCCCCACCCCUCAGGGGCUGCCAAGGGAAGGGAGGAAGACUAUGGACAUGAGCCCCUCCUGCCAUCAGGCUGGUGCCCGGAUACCUGAUAGGGCAAUUUCUGGGCCAUGGACACAGCUUUGAAGAGGGGGAGGCUGGACAGCAUCUCUGGGUGCUGAGAUCUGCCUUAGGGCAGAGAGACGGAGCUGCUGGGCAGGCCUUGGUUUACCAGUGCAUUCUUGGAUACCCUAGCAAUUGUCCCCAGUUCUGGGCAGGAUCCUCUCCUCGUCUUUCUCUACCACUGGCCCAGCCAUGGCACUAAAAGGCCGAGCCCUCUAUGACUUCCGCAGUGAGAACAAGGAGGAAAUCAGCAUCCAGCAGGACGAGGACCUGGUCAUCUUCAGCGAGACCUCGCUGGACGGCUGGCUGCAAGGCCAGAACAGCCGCGGUGAGACGGGCCUCUUCCCUGCCUCUUACGUGGAGGUCGUCCGCUCUGGCGCCAGCUACAGCCCCACAGGCUCUCCUGGCGCCCAGGUGAGCUUGUAUGACAGAGCCGAUGUGGCUAACGCUCCUGGGAGUGGUGGGGGCAGUGGCUUCUUCUCCAAGCAGGGCAGCUUCGAGGAGGACGAUGACGACGACUGGGACGACUGGGACGACGGGUGCACAGCGGUGGAGGGGCCGCGCGCGGGGGAGCUGGGCACCAAUGGGCACCCGCCGCUCCACCUCUCCUACCCUGGGGCCUACCCCAGCCAGCACAUGGCCUUCCGGCCCAAGCCAGCGCUGGAGCGGCAGGACAGCCUGGCAUCUGCCAAGCGGGGCAGUGUGGUGGGGCGCAACCUCAACCGCUUCUCCUGCUUCGUGCGCUCGGGCGUGGAGGCCUUCAUCCUGGGUGAUGUGCCCAUGCUGGCCAAGAUCGCUGAGACAUACUCCAUCGAAAUGGGCCCUCGUGGCCCCCAGUGGAAGGCCAGCCCCCACCCAUUUUCCUGCUCGGUGGAGGACCCCACCAAACAGACCAAAUUCAAGGGCAUCAAGAGCUACAUCUCCUACAAGCUCACACCCACCCACAUCGGCUCCCCCGUCUACCGGCGCUACAAGCACUUUGACUGGCUCUAUAACCGCCUGCUUCACAAGUUCACUGUCAUCUCGGUGCCUCACCUGCCGGAGAAGCAGGCCACAGGCCGCUUCGAGGAGGACUUCAUUGAGAAACGGAAGCGGAGGCUCAUCCUCUGGAUGGACCAUAUGACCAGCCACCCCGUGCUGUCCCAGUACGAGGGCUUCCAGCAUUUCCUCAGCUGUCUGGAUGCCAAGCAGUGGAAGAUGGGCAAACGCCGGGCAGAGAAGGACGAGAUGGUGGGUGCCAGUUUCCUGCUCACCUUCCAGAUCCCCACGGAGCAUCAGGACCUGCAGGACGUGGAGGACCGUGUGGACACGUUCAAGGCCUUCAGCAAGAAGAUGGACGACAGUGUCCUGCAGCUCAGCACUGUAGCAUCGGAGCUGGUGCGCAAGCAUGUGGGAGGCUUCAGAAAGGAAUUCCAGAAGCUGGGCAAUGCCUUCCAGGCCAUCAGCCAUGCCUUCCAGAUGGACCCCCCCUUCAGCUCUGAGGCCCUCAACAGUGCCAUCUCUCACACGGGCCGUACCUAUGAAGCCAUCGGCGAGAUGUUUGCCGAGCAGCCCAAGAACGACCUCUUCCAGAUGCUCGACAUGCUGUCUCUGUACCAGGGCCUGCUGUCCAACUUCCCUGACAUUAUCCACCUGCAGAAAGGCGCCUUUGCCAAGGUGAAGGAGAGCCAGCGCAUGAGCGACGAGGGCCGCAUGGUGCAGGACGAGGCGGACGGCAUCCGCAGGCGCUGCCGUGUGGUGGGCUUCGCCCUGCAGGCUGAGAUGAGCCACUUCCACCAGCGCCGCGAGCUCGACUUCAAGCACAUGAUGCAGAGCUACCUGCGCCAGCAGAUCCUUUUCUACCAGCGGGUGGGCCAGCAGCUGGAGAGGGCACUCCGCAUGUACGACAGCCUGUGAGCGCGGGCGCCGCCCUGCCUCCCGCCUGGGCACUGCAGGGCCUCCCCGCACCAGCAGCGCUGGGAGGUCGGCUGGGGCUUUGGAAGAGGCAUGGAUACCCCGGUGAACUCCUCCAGCCCUCAGAGGUGGGGGUGCGGUGCGGGUGAGAAUGGGGCCAGGAGCCCUCCAGGCCGAGACCUUCCUGCAGGGUCCUAGCCUGCCAGGGUCCUUGAGACCAGGCCAGGGUCCUAGCCUCCUCCAGAGCCUGUAGCGUUUGUGCACCUGGCCAACCCCCCCUCCCUGCCCCCCGUUCACUCAGCAGACACUGGGGCAUACUGUGGUCCUGGGUCCAAUGCUGGACACGCAGGGCUACGACACACCUGCCCUCAGGAUGUCCCCAGUCGAGAUGGGGAUCAGACACAGGAACAGAUGGGGGCAAUGCAGAAUGACCCAUGCUAAAUAAGGGGUUCCUGGAAGCUCACAGAGGGGACCACUCAUUCUGCCGGUCAGGGCAGACUCCAUGGUGUCUGGAAGAAUGACAAGGACCUGUCAGAUAGUAGAUGGGGACAGUAUAUGGGGAGACCAUUCGGAAGAGAGGAACAGCAUGGGCAAAGCUGUGGAGGCAUGAAAACGCCCGUCCUCCUUUACCUUUCCCAAGCAAGUUUGCUGCCCUACCUCGGUGGGCAUUCUGGCCUGUGUGACAGAGGGGAGGGAUUGUCCUUGCUCCCAUGUCCCUGUCCCUGCUCCACCCCUGCCCCAUGCAGGAGGGGCUGCAGGCCAACUCACUCCUGACUCCCCUCCACCUGCUGAGCCCCUACAGCCCUUGGUUAGGGGACCAUGCAGCAUCUUUUCCCUGGGCUCAAGGAGCCAAGAACCCGAGGACCCUGGUGGCGUCUUCCUGGAGGGGACACCCAAAAGGUACCAGAUAUUGGAGUUCAACAGCACUAGCUCCUCACACUCAGCAGGCUCAGACCAGGCUCCCAGAGUCCUCGGCCUCUGUGAAUCCCGAACUCCUUCCUGGUGCACAGGGAAACCCAGGGGAAAAAGACAGGGAUGUACUUGCCCACUACCCAGCGACCGUGGGCCCACCUGCCCACAGCCAGCCUCACUGGGAUCCCACAGAUGUUUACAUCCUUGAGAGGGCCAGUCCUCCCGACCCAGGCCAGGGUGUGGUCUAGCAGCAGGUUGGGGGGAACUGACAGGUGCCACCAGUAGCCCCUCCACCCCCCAGGAGGUCAUGGCCACUCCUGGCUGCUGCUGCUUGAAUCUUUUUUCUUGAUAAACCUCUUACAAUUAAGGUCACAAAAACAUGACUGUUUUGUUUGGAUCCCAGAAGGGAUGAGGGUGGGGGAAGGAUAGAUCCCUAAUUGUCCCUGAGGUCAUGGUGGGCUCAACAUUUACCCCAGAACCUCAACAGCUGAGUGGGGGCUGUACUGGUGGGAGGUGCUGGCUGGGAUCUAGAGGUUGCCAUGGAGCCCAGCUGGGUGCACAUGCUGCCCAGACCUCACUCUCGUUUCACAUGGUCGAGUCCUGCCAGGGGGUUGGUUGUGCUGCUCUGUGAUCUAGGGCUGAGGUUUGGAUGAAGAAAGGAUAGGGGGCCCCAGGACAGUCUAAUUGAUGGGGUUCCUCUCCCCAGGGAGGCCCCAGUCCAGGGGAGGGGUUGGGGCUCAGAAACUGUUCUUCCCCAGGCAGUCAUGGAUGCCCCGCCCUGCCCUUGGGGGCGACCCAGGCAGGAUGAACAGCAAUCUGUUCACACAUGGGAAAGGGGAGUGGUGAAGUCAUGGUGCUCUUUCAGGGCGAUGGAGAGCUGGUGGAGGAGGAGUGCUGGUGUCCACGCAUCAGGGGAGGCUUUGGCCAGGCCAGGCCCGGAGCUCACUUGUGGCAGUGAGAUGAGACAAGGGGCGGCAGGUGCAGUGGGGAGGGGGCAGCAGAGGCUUCCCGUACAGGGCAGAGCAUCCUCAGAGGAGCUGCUGGAAUGGGCCUUUGGCCCUGGGUCAAAAUUAGGUCAGAUUUGGGACUUUUCUGUGGAAUUUUCCCCUCCCUCUGCUCUGCCCUCCUUCCUUCAUUUUCAACCCCCUCCAAGGACCUUCCCACCCUUAAAGAAACGACUUCUCAGCUGUGACCUCCAGGUGACCUUCUGCAGAGGGCAAUCUGAUUACAGCGGGGGCGGGGGGAGCGCUUUCCUGAGGCUCGUGGGCAGUGGGAAUGCUCUGACCCCACGUUGCCUGGAAAGUCCCCAUGCAUGCUUCCUGUUCGGGGAAUGCCCUCGUAUCCCUUCCUUGAAAGGGGGCCGCCUUUCAUGCUUCCCGUCCUCAGGGUGAGGGAGUCAGGGGGGCUUGGACCUGGGGACCUAGGAGAAGAACCACAACCUGAAGCCGUGGGACAAGCCAGGCCUACUCUACUCUAAGCAUCUUGAGGUCUAGGCGGAGACAGCGUGUCUGGUGGGGACUGCGAUGUCACAGCCUCCCUCUGGUUUCUAUCUCUGUGCAGGUUGGGUGUUGGGGGAAUUUGAGAUCUGUCAGGGCUGGGCUCCAGCCCCUUUCAGCAGGGGACUGGGGGAGUGGUGUGUGUGGGGUGUCCUCGUGCUGGUAUGGUUGUCUGACUGGCCUCAGCCACAUGCCAGGCACGUGUUCCAGGCUGAGCUGGGCCUAGCUUCCUCUGGUUCCCCUCAUUUUGCUCUGAGAGUGGUGGAAACAAGGCCUCUCUUUCUACCCUGGGCAGCGACCAUGACCUGAGGUAGGGGGGCCGUGACCCCCAGUGUCGGCCCAGCCCAGGAAGGCGUCUAUUCUGUGGCCACCUGUACAGGUUAGGGAGGGAGGCGGUCCUCAGAUACUGCAUGCUGUCGCCUCUUGGACACAGGAGGGCCGCGAACUACUGUGCCACAGCUGGAGCAGUACCAGGCCUGGAGGAGCCAGGUGGCCCGACGCCCAGCACACCACUGCCCUUCACACACAUCCACGUGGUCACAGACGCUGCUGCCCAGCCCAAAGCAGACAUAGCGACACACAGCUACCUGUCCACAGGCACAUAAGCCACACCUGGCCACACACACACACACACACACGCAUGGUCAUGUGCUUGCAUAGCUGCACGCUAGCAACAGUGCCACACUCACUUUCACAGCCAUGUUCACAUUUGGCCACGUCCAUAUACAUCAUCUCUGCACAGCGUCAGUCUCAGCCGUGUCAUCACAGCCACACCACAGUCCCAUGCACACAGUCAUACUCUUCAUACAGUGACAUGUAUUGCCAGCAAGUCACACAUGCACACAGCCAAAGUGUCACGUGAUGCUGCACCAGGACUGUACCUGCACCUCCUGGGGGAGCCAGCUGGGCUCAUCCAUCACCUGGCAUCAUCACAUUCAGUUCUUUAUUGCAGAUGAGGAACUUGAGGGGUGGCAGCUGGCCGCAUCGCCCAGUGGGCCCAGGGAUGCUUCGGGCCAGGGCCCAGCUCCCUGAAGGCUCUGGUCUGGUCUUGCCCCUCCCUGGGCCAGUCCCCAGGGCCAGGCUGCCUCUGAAGGCCCCUGGCUCAAGCCACCAAAGCUCCAGGUAUCCCCCAUCUCUCGAGCCAGAGCUAAGACUGCUGGGUCCAUGAGAGCAGGAGCCAGGAUGUGGUGGGCAGGGCCCAGGCCUUGGGUUGGAGGAACAUUCCUGCACCAUCUCCCCAAGCAUGCGAGGACUGGGCCCGCCCUGCCUGCCUGUCCGCUGACUCAGGCCUCCAGGAGCCAAGCCUGCUCAGUUCCCCCUCCCCCAACCUGCUUCCCCACCAGUUCGGCUCCAGUACCUCUCUCUGCUGGCCAGGGCAGAAGAGACAGUGAGCCCUGGCAAAAAGACCUGGGAAACAAAAAUUCACCUCAGACAGCUCAGAAGGGCUGAUUGUGAAACUGCUCCAGAGUUCAGCAUAGUUUAACACAAACCUUUUUACCUUUGGUUUCGUUUUAUUAGUUAAAGCCCGGAGCAGUCCAGUCUGUUUAAAAAGUAGUGUCUCACACAGCUGUGGCCCCCUUGGUCCUCACAGCACCAUGAUCCCAUGUCAUGGACAAGAGACCAAGACUUAGCCAGAGGGAGGAUGGGACCCGCCGAGGAUCGCACGGUGAGGCCGAGGCAGGCAGGACUCAAACCCUGCUCUCUGGCUUCAUUCCUUAAAGUCACACGAAUUAACUCGUGUAGGUUGGAAGGAAGAGGGGGUGGCAGAUUUCUGCUUCAGAGGUGGGAAAGAAUGGGAGGCUGGUGAACCCAGCUGCUGAAAUGUGAGGGGCCUUGAGGGUAGGUGGGUCCCAUCAGCCUCCAGGGAUAGAGGCUGACAAUGGCAUCGUGUGGUGGCGUCGGAGCUGACUCAGGGUCUCCUUCACAGAUGAAUGUGUGAGGAGCACCACUCCAUUUCUCUAUAACUGACCUGAAUUCCUAUCUUGCUUUCUCAUUCCACAUGGUAGAAAUUAAUCUCCAAUCAGUUUGGGGACCACUUCUUUCCUGAGGUAUGCUCCUUUGUUUUGGGGAUGGCACAUUUGAAGACCAAAGGCAGGCCCCUGGCAUUUUGAAUUUUAGAGGCCAAAUCCCACACUCUGUCACAGGAAAUUUUGCCAGCAUUCCACAUUAAAAGUCAUUAAUAUAUAGCUAUUUGAGUUGGGUUCAGUUUACUACUUGACAAUGCCUUAUCUUACAGAUAUUUAAUUAAACUUUAUUAAUUUUGUCUUUCUUUUGCCUCUCUAGUCAUUUUCCCCCACCUCCUGCCUUCCCACCCCCUGAGGACUUCUGGGUCUGGCCGUUUCUCUGUUUUGGCACUCAGGGCUGCCUCAACUGCCCCGUACCUUGUGGGUCUCAAGGUACCUCAAGGAUGGUUCUGUGGCGUGCGAUCCCCUCUGGGGCUUGUCAUGAUUCCAUAACUCCCACCUCACGCUCAAGCAAAGGAGGUCUGGGGGCUGCUUAGAGACACUGUGCAACCGUCUGUCAUCUGAGGGCUGAGGCUUCUACUGCCCUCUCCCAGUGCAGGCAGCACCCUGAUGGACAUGGAGUGGUUAGUGUUUCACAGCCACCUGGCAUGUAAGAUACCAGGAAAUGGGACCCAACGCGGAAGGUGCUGGAGCCAUCAAGGUUGAUGUGAGACGGUACCCAGGCCUGGGCCACUGUGCUGGGAAGCAAAUGGCUGAUGCCUGAGAGAGCAGUUGGAGGCUGGUGAGAGCUGGUGUGCUGGAUCCUCAAAGCCAUACAGGCCGCCUGUCACCUGAGGGCUGAGGCUGGGCAGGGUGGGCCUGAGUGCAUAACAGUUACUGCUGAGUGGCUGCCACGUGCUGGGCCUCGGGCGGAGAGCUUCCCACGGAUUAUCUCGUUGCCCACAACAGUCUGAAAGGCUGGCAGGAGGCUGUGCCGUCCCAGCUGAUUGAGCGAGCAGCCUCUUCUCUCCCUGGCACAGAAGCCAGCUAAGUUGAGCUGGCAUCAGCUGUGUGGAGUGUGGGGUACGUAUGUAUGAGGGUGGGGGUAUCCCGUCCUGCCUGACUCCUAACACUCCUGGGGUGACCCCCUGGGUAGUUGGACAACUAAGGCCAUUCAAACUGGGAGCAGCUGGGUACAGAGUUCUGGCCCAGGGGCUCAGCAUUCCUCCUCCCCCCCACACACCAUGCAGAUCUUAAAGCAUUGGCCCUGGAAGGUGGGCAGUGGUGGAAGAGCAUGCGUCCAGCCCAGCACCAGGUUACUCCCGGAGGCUACUCCCUGUCACGUGGGGCCCCCCAGCCAGAUCCUGAGACCUUAUGUGCUCCAGCCUCCUCCUCAAUAGGCUUCGCCUUAAUGUCAGCACUCCCUGUGCUUCAGGGCACAGCCCAGGCUUCCUCCUCCAGGAAGCCCUUGGUUCUGGCUCGUCCUGAGCUUGUCCCCUACAUCCUGCCCUCUUCCUCCAAAGUAGGCCACAUGGUCCCUGCCUCAGGGAGAGUCCUCUGAAUCAAAUGGGUGGGGGUGGAGGAGGGGAGGUCAGAGUGGGGCUGCCAGCUUCUAACCCGAACUUGACCCCUUGCUGGACAGCUCACUCUCCUUUCCAGAACCCAGUAAAGGAGAGUGCCUUGAGGUCCUCUUUUCAAGAUGGGGAAUGCACGUAUUUCGCCUUCCAAGAGGACUAAGCAUUUGUUUAAGCACCUACUAUGUGCCAGGCACUGUGAUGGCUGUAAUAAAUAAUAACAAUAGUACUAACAUCAACUUUGAACAUUUGUGAAGCAGCUACAAUAUGCCAGACCCAUAUUCUA